AUGUGCACGGGGCAGACGGAGAUCAAGGAGACUUUCAAGUACAUCAACACGGUGGUGUCCUGCCUCGUCUUCGUCCUGGGCAUCAUCGGCAACUCCACGCUCCUGCGGAUCAUCUACAAGAACAAGUGCAUGAGGAACGGCCCCAACAUCCUCAUCGCCAGCCUGGCCCUGGGCGACCUGCUCCACAUCAUCAUCGACAUCCCCAUCAACGUCUACAAGCUGCUUGCAGAGGACUGGCCUUUUGGUGUCGAAAUGUGCAAAUUGGUACCCUUCAUUCAAAAGGCAUCAGUGGGCAUCACAGUGUUGAGUUUGUGUGCCCUCAGUAUAGAUAGGUACCGAGCAGUUGCUUCUUGGAGUCGCAUUAAAGGAAUUGGAGUGCCGAAGUGGACUGCUGUUGAAAUUGUACUGAUCUGGGUUAUAUCGGUGAUAUUGGCUGUUCCAGAAGCUAUCGCAUUUGACAUGAUUACGAUGGAGUACAGAGGAAAGGAUCUUAGAAUCUGCCUGCUUCACCCCAUGCAGAAAACAUCCUUUAUGAUGUUUUACAAGCAAGCUAAAGACUGGUGGCUGUUUAGCUUUUACUUCUGUUUGCCACUGGCUAUCACAGCAUUUUUCUAUACUCUCAUGACGUGUGAGAUGUUACGAAAGAAAAGUGGGAUGCAGAUUGCUUUAAAUGACCACUUAAAACAGAGACGUGAGGUGGCCAAAACCGUGUUCUGUCUGGUACUUGUUUUUGCCUUGUGUUGGCUCCCACUCCACUUAAGCAGAAUAUUGAAGCUCACUAUUUAUGACCAGAAGGACCCCAACAGAUGUGAACUUUUAAGCUUUUUUCUUGUGAUGGACUACAUUGGUAUUAACAUGGCUUCACUGAAUUCCUGCAUCAAUCCGAUAGCUCUGUAUUUGGUGAGCAAAAGAUUCCAAAACUGCUUUAAGUCAUGCUUGUGUUGCUGGUGCCAAUCCAAAGAUCUGUUGUCCCUGGAGGAAAGGCAGUCCUGCUUAAAGUUCAAAGCUAAUGAACAUGGAUAUGAUAAUUUCCGCUCCAGUAACAAGUACAGCUCUUCAUAA